ACCAAAGAGGAUGCAUUAUACCGCACUCGCCAAAAAUUGACCUUAGUUCAAUGACAUUGACAGUAGUGUGAUUACUAUAAAUGUGUUCGCCGUAAAAUCAUAAAGAUCAGGGACAGAGAAUUCAUAAAUCAUUUAUAACGUUUAUAUUGUAGCAUAAAUAGCGUGUGUCAUAAUGACGAAUGAAAAUCGGGUAUUAGACUGACGUUUGAUAAGAGUCAUAUAGUCCAACCUCAAUUAGGGGAUACCGCGUGAGGCAAUCGAGACAAUUAUUGAUAAAAUUUGGAGCCCGCUGUUGUCAACAUGACAUCAAAAACGGUAUUCGUUACGCAGGAGGGACCGGCAAAUGCCUUAGCCCUAAAUAAAGACAAUACUCAAGUUGUGAUCGCUGGACGCAAUGUUUUCAAAAUAUUCACCCUACUUGAAGAUAAGUUUGAAGAAGUCUGCAAUCUGAGAGUUGGGAAGAAUCUUAAUCUGAAUUUUUCGUGCAACGAUGUCGCUUGGAAUUUAAUCGAUGAUCACAUAUUGGCAACUGCAGCCACUAACGGCGCUGUGGUGGUAUGGAACCUGAAUCGACCUUCUCGGUCAAAACAGGAACAUGUGUUUAUCGACCAUAAAAGAACUGUAAAUAAAGUGAGUUUUCACAUGACUGAGCCAAUGUGGUUAAUAUCUGGUUCUCAAGACGGAACUAUGAAAUGUUUCGAUUUGAGAAUUAAGGAGGCUACGAAAACAUUUUACAGCAACACAGAAUCUGUGCGAGAUGUGCAGUUUUCACCGCAUCAACAAUACACAUUUGCGGCUGUUUCGGAAAAUGGUCAUGUUCAGCAAUGGGACUUGAGGAAACCCGACCGAUGCUUCCAGCAUUUCACAGCACACAGUGGGCCAAUUUUUGCUUGCGAUUGGCACCCUGAAGCCUCGUGGCUAGCAACUGCUUCACGUGAUAAAACAAUUAAGGUGUGGGACAUAUCAGCUAAACCCACGUGUGAAUAUACAAUCCAUACAAUUGCAUCUGUGGGUAGAAUAAAAUGGCGACCUCAAAGAAAGUAUCACAUCGCAAGCUGCGCCUUGGUAGUAGAUUGCAGCAUUAAUGUUUGGGAUAUCAGAAGACCUUAUAUACCGUUUGCUAGUUUUAAUGAGCAUAAAGAUGUUCCAACUGGUGUUGCCUGGAGAGGAGAUCCUCAGUACUUUUUUUCAACAAGCAGGGAUUGUACAUUAUAUCAUCACGUGUUUAAAGAUGCAACUAGACCAGCAAGCAAAGCAAAUCCUCAAGGUAUUGCACUCAACUGCAAGGGUGAUGUGGCAUAUGCUUGCAAAAUCAGUGUGAAUGCACCAACUACUGUUAAACAGUUGACUAACAUCAUGAGGAAAUCUCCAGCAAGUAAUGACACCUUCUGUAUGGCCUCUAGUAUGAUGCACAGAUUCACGGAAACUGCACCGCGAGAACCUAAGUGGUUUAGGGAAUGUGCUGAAGGAUACUUACUCAGCGGUAGACUUAAUGAUAUUUGUGAUCAUAAUGCAGCAGUUGCCAUUACAGCAGGCAGAAAUGAUAUAAGUACAGUAUGGAGUAUAACAAAAACACUGUAUGCAAAUCCGCUUGGAAAUAUGCUGAAAUCGUCGCCAAAUGUUUCAAAAGAAGAUACCGUCAACACUCUGAAUCUUGCACAAAUCGCAAUUGGACCAACAGUUGAUCAGACAAAUACAGGUCAUGAAAAUGAUGUGAAAUCACUGCAAGGUGAAGCGCCUGGUGUAAUUAGUGGUGGUGAUGAUGAGACUGAGACUGAUGAGAUGACUGAGAAUCAAAAUUUUAUUGGCCCCAUACUUCCCAGUCACAGGCGAUACUUGGCUGGACACAAAUGUCCACCAAAGGGUGAUUUCUUCUUUGGAGACGGUGAACUAGAACCAAUAACAAUGGACUACACAUCUGGUUACAUACACAACCUCAUGAAUCAUGAAAAUGAUUGGACAUUGCCUAAAGAAGCAUUCCCUUUGCGACACGAAAUACAGGACAGAUCCCCACCUCCUGAACAAUUUUCCAAUCAUUCUCCAGAUAUGAAUGACAAUGACUCAGGAUCAGUCACAGUGGAGGAUCAACCUUGUGAACUAAUAGUGACUGCGGUUCCCAAGCCAUCAUUUUGGGACCCGACACAACUAAUUGAAGAAGCAUUGAGACAUCAUGCAGCAAUUUUGGAUGUUCAAACAUCAGCGUCGAUAUUAAUUGCUCUUGGAGAACGAAGGAAGAGUUUGAACAUCGAGGCAGCAACUCAAGAGCAUUGGUUACUCGAAUAUAUCGAUAUGUUAGGUAGAUUCAAAUUAUGGGAAAUUGCUACACAGAUUAUACAGCUAGCCUGGAUGCCGUCUGUGUCUCAAUUGAAUCAGCAAUCAACAACAAUACAUGCGUGCUGCACAACGUGUACCAAACCUCUCCAGAGAUCAGCUUGGCUCUGUGAUCGAUGUCACACUUCAAGACAUGCUCUCUGUUCGGUUUGCCAUCAAGUUGUGCGGGGUGUGUAUGCAUGGUGUCAAGGUUGUGCUCAUGGGGGACAUGUAAUUCAUAUGAAUGAAUGGUUCGAGAGUAAUCGUCAAUGCCCAACAGGCUGUGGCCACAUUUGCGAGUUUACUUAGCUGCAAAAUUUUUGCUUUCCAUUGGCUACCAGUGAAGGUAUUACAGUACCUAAUUUGGGAAUGCAGUUAAUUACUGAAAGGAGUGAUAAGUAAAGAAAUUAUUAUGAGGCAGGUACAGUGCAGAAACUCCGACCACGCUCAUAAAUCUUUUUAAACCGCACAAUGUUAUGUCGCAUCAAAGUGACACCUUCUAGUCAUUGACAAUGAUUAUUCGACAUUUACAGUUAUUUACUAUCAAAGUGCAUCAGACGCUCAUCUUUUUACUUUUUGUCCUGAAAUUUAAGACUUAUUUCACGACACUCAAGGUAAUGAUUUGGUAGAUCAUUACUUGUAAUUUGAAGUAAGAGCCCUGCUGGUAGUGAAGACACAUGAGUUGAACCUACGUUUUCGAUUAUGACCCAUCGAAAAAGGGACUGCAU